AUGCUCCUCAUGUUCUUCCUCUUCGGCGCGCUGAGCCUGGUGUUGGCGAGCGCAUUCACGGCGGAGUUCGUCCCUGCUGUUCCACUUCCACUCCACCACGCACACAGGGCAGCUGGAGGGCUACUACCACGCCCUCCCUCCUCCUCGUCCUCCUCGCGCUCUGCAUCGCCGCCAUCGUCGCCGGCCGGCGCGCUCCUGCCCUCCAGGAAUGCCUCCCCGCGGACCUCGGCGCCGGCCAGCGUCCUCAUCGCCGUCCAGGGCCUGUGGUUCUACCAUACCGCGCUGGCGCUGUACGGGCCAAUGCUCCCCGCGGGUUGCGCCCGCCGCUUCGACGGCUCGCCCCACUCCGACGCACGCGUCGAGUGCCGUGGCGGCGGCGCCGCGGCGCAGGAGCGCGCCGAGCAGCUGGCGGACUUCCAGCUGUUCGGGAUCGUGUUCCUCGCGUUCGUGUACGUGCUCGGGUGCUUCGCCGUCGCCGCGGCAAGGUAUGGGAAUAACCUGGAGACCUCCGCCGUCCUUACUGGGCCUUCGCUUGGGCUUGGAGCUUCGAGAACAGCCACACCUUCAUGA